AUUGGUAUUCUCUUUCAUCAGGAUGCGCACCAGUGGGUCCCACUUGGAGAAGUUGGUGCACGUGAGAUGACAGUUGCAGCAAGGGAGGGUUGCAGACAACUACAGGCCAUGUCUCCACAAGACAGGAGUAAAAUUUUGCUGAGCAUAGCUGAUGCCCUGGAAGAAAAUGAAAGACUGAUCGCCAUAGAAAAUGAAGCUGAUGUUGCUGGCUAUGAACAAUCAUUGAUUGCUUGGCUGACUCUAAAGCCUGGAAAGGCAAAACUUUGGUCGAUUUGUGUUUAGUUUUUCUUUCUUUCUUUUAAUUUUGAUAUAGAUAGCAGGGCAUAUUAUUGAGCUAGGCAAGACUGUUGAUUUAUGGAAGUUUGGUUAGAUUGGAUUCCGAUUUUUGUUUUACUUCAUGAUUAUUUCCCAGAUAUAUUUACUUACAGAAGUGGCAUUCCUUCUGUAAAAUGUUCUCAUUGGGAAACCCCUCUCUUUCUUUCUCCGGGCAUUCAUGUAUUAUUGUUUCUAAAUUCGAUCUUAUGAUAUGUGAAUUUCAAGUCUUGCAAACUCAAUUCGUGUGCUUGCAAACAUGGAAGAGCCAAUUGGUCGUGUUUUGAAGAAACCUAAGGUACUGAAAUGGAAUUUUGAGGAUUUAAUUUAUUCAGACUUUGGGUAUUUUGAUAAGGGAAAGGUACAGAAAGAACAUUAAUAUGUUUAAAAGGAUUUAACUAGUAAUAUUUCCCUUUAUCUACUCAAGCUAUCUUUUGUUGCACAAUCAAAUUCUGACUUUUGCACCUUGUGUUAGAAAUGAAGAAACUAGGUUAGCUUCUUUGAAAAUUAUGUGAAUGCACGUCUACAAUUUUUAUCAACACAACUGGCCAUAUUCUUUUUUUCCAUUUUUUUUUUUUUGUUUCUCAUUUCUGGAAGAGGUUAUUACUUUUUGAUUUUCUAUUCGUGGCCUUUGAUCAUCAUCAUCAUUGAUCUCAUGAACUGAUAUUUUUGGACUACUUUCUUAUCCAGAUUGCAGACAGAUUCAUCUUAGAGAAGACAUCAUCUCCCUUGGGUGUUCUCCUGAUUAUUUUUUAGUCUUGUCCCGAGGCACUAGUUCAGGUAAACCAGGCUUGCAAGUUUUUGGACGAGGUUGAAGUUGAGCUGAUAAUAAAUACAUAACUAAAGAUUGAAAAUUGAGAAUUUGCAUGUGUCUCCACAUAUGAAUGCUAGUCUGUCUAUGAAGUCAUGGAGGUGAUAUACUCGUUUUUAAUUCAAUUA